UUGAGGUCAACAGUCUGUGAUUCAUUCUCUAGCCAGCUAAUUGCUGGAGCUAAUCAAGGUGCUGGUCAGCAGGCUGGCUUUCCCCUUUCCGCUGCAGGCUAUUAACGUCUCCUCCUGUUCUCUCUCCCCCUCUUCCCUGCUUCCCCCGGGCACAUGGAGCAGCAGCGGCCAGUGAAACAGUCCCUCAGUAAGUCCCUCUGCAGAGAAUCCCACUGGAAAUGCCUGCUCCUGUCCCUUCUCAUGUACGGCUGCAUGGGAGCUAUGACCUGGUGCCACGUGACCAAGGUCACCCGCCUGACCUUUGACAGUGCCUACAAGGGCAAGUCCAUGAUGUAUCACGAUAGCCCCUGCUCCAACGGCUACGUUUACAUCCCCCUGGCCUUCCUCGUCAUGCUCUAUGUGGUCUACCUGGUGGAAUGCUGGCACUGUUACACUCGCAACGAGCUCCAGUACAAGGUGGAUGUGGAGAGCGUGCAUGAGCGGGUGCAGAGAAUGCAGCAGGCCACCCCGUGCAUCUGGUGGAAAGCCAUCAGCUACCACUAUGUCCGGAGGACCCGACAGGUCACUCGCUACCGCAACGGGGAUGCUUACACCACCACGCAGGUGUAUCACGAGAGGGUUAACACCCAUGUGGCAGAGGCCGAGUUUGACUACUCCAACUGUGGGGUCAAGGACAUCUCCAAGGAUCUGAUGGACCUCGAGAGCUACCCAGCUACUCGGCUCCGUUUCACCAAAUGCUUCAGCUUCGCUAACGUGGAGUCCGAGAACUCUUACCUGACCCAGCGCGCUCGCUUCUUCACGGAGAACGAGGGGCUGGACGACUACAUGGAGGCCAGGGAGGGGAUGCACCUCAAGAAUGUGGACUUCAAAGAGUACAUGGUGGCCUUUUCAGACCCAGACAACCUGCCCUGGUACGUGUCCCACUAUGUCUUUUGGGUGGCUGCCCUGCUGACCCUCUCCUGGCCCCUGCGAGUGCUGAAUGAGUACCGCACCUCCUAUGUCCACUACCAUGUGGAGAAGCUCUUUGGGUUUGAUUACAUGGCAGCAACACCAGCUGAGGAACGCUCCUUCUGCAGGAGGAUGCCGCGUGUCAACACGGUGGACAGCACUGAGCUGGAGUGGCACAUCCGGUCCAACCAGCAGCUCGUACCCAGCUACUCAGAGGCCGUCCUGAUGGACUUGGUGGGGCUUUCCAGCUGCACCAGCUACUCUGCCUGCAGGUAUGGGGGCUACCGGCAGAACUGCGAGCGGUGCCACAGGACUAUAAGCAGCUCAUCCAUCUUCUCCCGCAGUGCCCUGAGCAUCUGCAAUGGCAGCCCCAGGAUCCCUUUCAGCAGCAGCCGCUUCUCGCUGGGCCGCCUCUACGGCUCCCGGCGCAGCUGCCUCUGGCAGAGCCGGAGCGGGAGCCUGAACGAGCAGAGCUGCCCAACCGAGCAAACCCGCCUCUCCAGCCAGGUCACCGUGGAAGAGGAGGACCCGCCUGCUUACCAGGACGCCCUCUACUUCCCCGUCCUUAUUGUGCACCGCAACGAGGGAUGCCUCAACCAUGACCACCGCCACCUCCAUCGGAACGGGUCCUGCAUGGAGACCUCACUGUGAGCGCAGGGCGGCAAGGGUCUCCCACCAUGGAGCCAGACACAGACACUUGGGAAAGGAGGGGAUAGCCAGGAAAAAGAGGCUCUGGUGCCCCACUCAGCCUGUGGGAUGGAGAGGUCACUGUCUCCUGAGCUCAGAGGAUAGGCUCAGCAGCUGCCGCGUUUUCUCCCAGCCACACAGCCCCUUGGUUGUCAUGGAGGAGGGGGUGGCAGUCUGUGGCAUGGUGCAAAAUGACAGGACCAACCACAACAUGUAAAAAAAAGACAGAAAAGGAGGGCGGGAGCGAGGUGCUGCGUUUCCCAGCUCUGUCUCCAGAGGCCCCGGCUGGCUGGAAUCGUGCUAAAUGCCCUGCUGCACCUGUGAUCUUCGCCCUGCCCGCCAGCGCUGUGGUCUUACUCUCCUGCAGAGGGUACAUGGUGGUCUGAGCGGAGCAAAGACUGGCAGCACAUUCCCUUUGGGAGUGGCGAUUAACUGCUCAUGCGCCAAAGAUCCUGCGACACCUGGGCCCACAGAGCUGAAGGGCAGAAGUAGAGGAAAUGCUCAGAACCACCAGGCCAACACUUCCCCCGUUUUUGAGACUGUGCGCCGACUGUUACACUGUUCUCAGCUGCUGGGAUGGGCAUCACCGCCAGAGAGUCCCGGGGAUGAGUCCUUUGCCUCAGCUCACCCGGGACAAGAAUCGG